AUCAGAAACUCUUGGUGGCAUCAGCGCAAUAAAAGCGGUUUCUGUGCAGCAACUGCAAGUGCCGGGACGUUGUUUCGUUUUUAUUUGUUAGGAAUAAGAAGCAUAUGAUAAUCGAAAGGACAGCUUGCUUUGUCACGAUAAGAACGAGCGCAUUACGGCGCGAAAGUGCUCCGGAUUGUCAUCCUGCAAAAGCGCGCCCGCCGGAGGUAGAUUAUACGUUUAAUAAAGCUACAUAUUAUGCUGGAAUGCAGAGUUUUUCUGGCCACGUGCUAUCAGCAACGCCUUCUCGAAGUGGAACUCUUUGUUGUCGCGCGCGCGUGCGUGAUUGAUGCAAGGGGGCCGUAUACUAAUUAGAAUAUAUUAUUAAUUACUCGUCUGCAAUUACACGCCUGUUGAUCCGAUGCGCGCUGUCGAUAAUAAACGUUGUUCGCUAUUCCCGCACUGCCCGCGUGGACCUGGGCAUGGGUGAAAUGUGACGAGCUCGUUCCGCGAUGCAUAGUCAGCGCGCGGAUUUCAGCUGCGCCGCGCGUAGAGGCAUCGCCACCAACCUCGGCCAGCACACAACAAUGUCGCGCGCGCGGCCGGCCUAAAGCUGGGCGUCCCCGCAGCGAGCUGGCCGCUUUCACCUCCGUGCAUCACGUCGUGACCACGCCGUGGAAUAUUGUUGGACUCUGUGGCAGCGGCGGCGACUCCGAGAGUGCGACGACGCCGGUGGGAGAAGUGAUCGCAGAAAGCGGGCCUUGUUUAUUAUCAUAAUUUAUAAGUUGCGGCGGGGGUUGGCAAGCCCGCGCGCCGCCGCAGUGCUUCGUCGGGGCGGCCGGAGUGGAGCAGCGCGGCGACGUUGACGGAGGGACAGCGCCGCCGCAGGCGCCCGCGGGGGCGCAAAUUGCGGUGGCUGCUCAUCAGCGGCAAUUAGCAUCCGUGUGGGCAUGCAGUCAGCGCCUCGCCAGCUGGUGGCACUGGCGAGCCACCAAGAGGCGGCCAAGAGGCAUAACGAUGCUCUCCAGUCUCAGCCGGCGAAUGGAUUGCAGUUUAUCAAGACAACCAUGGGAGCCACACUCGUGGGCACAGCAGGAGGGCAACCAUCAAUCUUCAGUGUUGCCGGCAUCGCACCACCAAAUGCAUCUGUGCAGCAACAGCAGCAGCUGGCAACGCUGCUGCCUGGUCAGCAGUUCCUCGGAGCGCCCCCACAGGGUGCUACCUUCGUCCAGGGACACCAGGCUUCCCCCGUCGGAGUUGUGGUGGCAUCACGUGGCACUCACACGCAACUGGUCAAUGGCCCAGCUGGAUCUACAGCUCAGGUGAACUCUGCCCAGCAGAUCUUCCUGGCACCACAGUCGCAGAGCACGCAACUCCUGCUGCCCAACCCCAGUCCCCUGUCUGCAGGCCACCUGCUGGGCCAGCUACUCCCUCUGGGCGCAGGUGGAAGCCAGCAGGUGGUGCAGGUUGUGGCAGCCAAUGGCACGGUACUCACCACAACCUUGGCCAACCUGCCUGCCCUCUCGCAGCAACUUUCUCUGGCUGCGGCUCUGGCUUCAGCCAGUGGCACAGCAGCAACCUCCAAGCAGGCCACUCUCACAAUGCCCCACCACUUCCAGCAAGUGGCACCACCACAGCAGCAGCAGCAGCAGCAGCACAAUGGACACGUGACCAUGGCAGCCCACCACUCACAACAGCAGCAGCAACAGCAACAGCAGAUGCAUCAGCAACAGCAGAUGCAUCAGCAACAGCAGAUGCAUCAGCAGCAGCAGAUGCACCAGCAACAGCAGCUGCAACAGCAACAACAGAUGCACCAGCAACAACAGCUGCAACAGCAGCUACAGCAACAGCAACUGCAGCAACUUUUUGCUGCCUCGCCCAGCAACUUUGCUGCCCUGGCAUCUGGUGCCUCCUCGGCUGCGAUGGCUACAGCCGCAGUACCGCAGCUGUACGCCAACAUCAACGGCCAGCUGGUGGCUGUGUCACCCCAGGUGUUGGGACAGCCGAUGCCUGGAGGCCAGCUGGUGCUGCAGCCGCAGGGCUUGCCCCUCUCUCAAAUGCUCAUGCUCAACGCUGCCCCCUCAGCACAACCCACCACUGUGGCAGGACAGCCGCAGGUGGUGGUGACAGAGGAAGAGGAAGGGUCCGAAGGUGACAUCAAGGACGAAGAUGACGAAUACCAGGCACAUCAACCAGCUGAGGACAUGUACAGUGCAGAAUCCCCCAGGGACUUGGCAGAGCCACAGGACGAGGACGAGGGUUCGGACCCCACCGAGAUCUUGGGCAUGAGUGCAGUGAGUCCGGACAUCCAGUCACCACCGGCAUCUGGACCCCCUGCUGUCUUGCUACAGGGAAACCACACUGUGAUGUGCUCAGCCGCUGAGACGCCUGCCCUGGCUUCGUCACCUCCUGUUGGUCUUGUGCCAGUCACCAGCACACCUGUCACCAGUGGACUGGUUGGCUGCCCACCAGUGAGCAUUGCACCAGCCAGUACUGUGCCUGCUACCAGUUCACCAACAGCUGAUGUACCCAUCAGCAGCAGUGCCCCAAAACCAGAAGCAACCAUCAGCCACACGUCAGCCAACAUGGUGGACGGCAUCGACCUGGAGGAGAUCAAACACUUUGCCAAGGCGUUCAAGCUGCGACGACUCAGCCUGGGCCUCACCCAGACGCAGGUUGGCCUGGCCCUGACAUCCUCGGAGGGGCCCUCCUACAGCCAGAGUGCCAUCUGUAGGUUUGAGAAGCUGGACAUCACGCCGAAAAGUGCACAGAAGAUCAAGCCCGUGCUGGAGCGAUGGAUGCGCGAGGCUGAGGAACGCCUGCAGUCUGGUGGCAGCCAUGCCUUGGCUGACCUUGUGGGCGGGGGUGGGGUUGAGCCGGCUAAGAAGCGCAAGCAGCGGACCUCCUUCACUCCACAAGCCCUCGAGGUGCUAAACCGCUUCUUCGAGAAGAGCACGCAUCCCACCGGAGCCGAGAUGACUGAGCUGGCUGAGCAGCUCAACUACGACCGUGAAGUGGUUCGUGUCUGGUUCUGCAAUAAGCGCCAGGCAUUCAAAAACACCGUCAAGAGGCUCAAGGUGGCCACAGGCAUGGACAGCCUGCUGCCACCUCUGUCAUCCGAUGCCACCACAGAUUCUGUUGGCAGUGCCCCACCCGGCAGCAUGGCAGAGACUUCAACUAGCGUCGUGGACUGUUCUGAAGGGAACCCAUCAUGAGCCUGACAAGUCAGCUGUGUCAUCCUCAGACAUUUGCCGUCUUCAGUGUUGCCACCACCUGUGAACUGUUCAAACAAGCAUUACUUGAUGUGCAACGUGUGAACAGCUGCGCUCUAGCUUGCCAUGGCAAGCAGCCGUUUGAGUGCGUCGACAAGUGUGGGAGGAUAAUCCACCGCCAGCGGUGUUGUACGGCAGCCACAGUCAAGUACCUGCUUGCAAGGAUGGCUUGUCAUCACUGCCAUUGUCGUAGUGGAACAAGCGCAACUGUGCAUGCUUAAAACCAGGUUAUGUGCGGAUCCAGGAAACCAGGUGCCGCCCGAGUGAUGAACAGAACAAGAGCCAGUUUGACCAGGCUACACGACUCGAACAAAGACACGGCGAUCACCUCAAAGGAGCAAGCUGAGUUCUGUCAUGCUUGUGCAGACGAAUUAUGCAUCUGCUGGCAGACUUUGAAACAUUCAGCAGUGCCGGUACCUCAUCUCUUGAGUGCCUCGGAUACUCAUUUUUACACCUGUUAAGGGCAGUUGUACUGUGCCUGUCACUACUGUACAUUCAUGCAUGUCACAUUCACACUUUUACCUGAGAGUCUUUAUCUGUCCUCACGAAGUCAUUGUCAUGUGACAAAAAAAAUAUAUAUAUAUAUGAUCAGUUUCAUGUUUGCCAGCUGUGGGAGGGACCCUAAAGGGUCACAGAGCACAGCUGUUUGCUGUCUCAUAUGUCUAUAUUUUUCUGUAUGUGUGUGUGUAUGUCAUACUUCCUUGUUUUUGCAUUGCAUUACAAAAUGGUGUGAAACACUGGUGAAUUUUUUUUAGCACAAACUGAACUUCUUGUUCUGGUUGCACUCAGGAAAGUGUGUUACUCUUUUGCUGUAGGUAGGAACAGACGUCGAGGAUAAUUUAGUACAGUCAGUGACCGAUUCUCCAGACACUCAAUUCUUGAACUAUCAUGCUCUUUCUAUUGCACCAUUACAUACAUUAUUGAACAAAUUAAUGACAGUGAUUGAAGUUUUGGAUGUUGGCGGUGCCAUGCUCAGUGUUUAAGAAAUGCUCAAUGUUCUAAAUACAGUUCAGCCCACUUAUAACCUAACCGUGUAUAGUGCAGGACUGGACAUAAUGCGGAUCUUUUCCGAGCCCCUCUACCCUCCCAUAAAGCUCACUAUAUAUGCAUACUGCUUAUGCUGCUGUUGCAUGAGACGAGAUACCGUUUAUAAUGCGGCUGCCAGAAAAUCCUGCAGGCAAGUAAGGCAGAAAGUGCUCUUCUCAUUGGGACGCAUGAACAGAGGGGAGAGCAACGAGGACAGUGCAGAAGAGAAUGACACGCGGAGUGAUUGAACAAGGAGCAGAAACAAAACAACAAUGUAGCACACUGUACGAGUCACUAGGUAAAAGGCACUCUUCGAACGCAUACAGGUUAGCGGGGUGACGGAGAAGCCUUUGGUUGUCGGUGGCAUGCGCUCUGCAGAGAGCUUAUUUAUUUUUAUUGCAUUUUAUUUUUAUUUUCAAGCUAGCGUGCACAUUGUCACUCUUCAACAAACCAGUUUCUUUAUGUGGAAAGCAAAUAUUUUUCUCUUUUAAAUUUUAUUUUUGCGCUAUUUUAUCUGCUUUAUGCACAGACUGCCUAGAAAGUCUCGUCCUUGGGCAUUAACAUUUAGAUGCUUGCAAAUCUAAAGGGGUGCAAACGUCUUGGUCACAUGAUUUGAUUGUCAGACACGUGCGACUGCUUGGUUGUCAUCUUUUGCAUCAGUACAGGCUUUGAAAACUUGUUUUCAUUACAUGCAGUGCAGAUGUCUGUGAGUCCUGACACUAACAUUAUAAGUUGUCUACGUUGCAUUACAACCAGGAGCAAAGCUGUUGCCUUAAUUGGGAAAGCUAUGUUUCGACAUUGUGAGAUCUGUUUGGUUGCUAUGAUUAAUACUGAACAGACAUUUAUACUCCCCACCUCAGCAUAAACAUUCAGCUGACGCAUUCUGUGGGCCAGCAAGGCUUCCUACAAAACGUCCUAGUGGAAUGAACGUGGGCAUGGAGGCAGUCAACAUUGGUAAAUGUUGGAAAUAGAGAAAAAGAAGGUGCGCCGAGCACGAGCAGCGGCCACGGGCGCUGGCUCACUCAGUUUGCCAGAUGACAAACGAGUCCGACGUCCGGGUGCAAUCUCUGUCAUUAUUUAGCUACAUUUCAAGUGGAAAUGUAGCUAAUAGCAGCUCUAGUAUCAGCACACAUCGCAGAAAAGCGAAGUAUUCUUCUGGGGAAAUGCCAAAACCCUCCAGUUCGUUUUUGCGGAAGGUUGUCUCAUCGUAGAGAUUACGCAGCUUGUCGAUGUUGAUUGAAUCAUGAACAGGUGACAUGGCUAGUAAAUGGUCCAGAUGGUCGUCAACAAGCAUGUCGUGACGACCUAACAGGUCAGAAAGCCGCUUGAUGGCCUUGGCAAGGCGGAUUCCCUCAAUUGCCAUCUUAGCUGAUCCAGUCGGUUAUGUCAGCAGAUAUUUAAAUUUGUCAGUCUUGGCUAACGAUCAUUGCCUUGAAUGCUCGCCUGGUACUGGUCCCAGAAGUCUUGCCACUCAUGCCACUUCCCGGAAAAGCUCGGGAUGUGCAGCUUGGGCAGGGCAACGUGGGAUGCCGCCACCAUGGGCGAAGCUCUGGGAGAGGCGAUAGGGCAGCUGGUUGCGGUGUCGAGGCAAGUUGUGCUGUAGGACUUUCGGUGGAGUUGAUGCAGUCUGGAAGGGUUUGUGGAUGCAGCUCGGUGGUGCACGCUUGUCUUAAUGAAGCCGACCUCUUGCUCAUACUUGAAAGCUUUUAUCAGCUCUGCCUCCAGGUCUCCAUCCGUGAGCGUGUCUUGGAUUGUGUGGUCGAACUUGAUGAGUUCCGUCUGCUUCGAUAAGAUGAGUUUAAGGUGCUUGUGCAGCACAAGCGCAGGGAAGGCUUCAUCUGCCUGCAGGGCGUCGUUCAUAGAAAUGGUCUUGGCGAUGUCCCUCUGGAUGAAGCCGGUCUUGGUGCGGAGUUUAUCCACUAUCGGAAGUCGAGGGCUAGAUGGCAGGUUGGCUUGCAGUACCACUUGAAAUGUAGCUAAACAAUGACAGGUAUCAGGCUCGAACCCGGAUGGCUGACUCGUUUGUCAUCUGGUGGCAACUGAGCGAGCCAGCGCGCAUGGCCGCUGCUUCGGCUUGGUGCACCUUCUUUAUUUUCAGCAAGAAAUUCAAGCCUAAUUCAUGACAGCUUCUCACUUAAUGCUGCUAUUCUAAGACAUUGCACUCGAGUGAGGUGAGUGAGCUGGACUCUUUUCAGAGUGAGCACAAUAAUCAUGGUAGUAGUUGUUAUGGGCAAUCAAGCAGGUCUGGCCAUACCGGCUGUGAACCACUGCAAGUUCGUCCUCUGUAACAGCUGCACUCGCUGGGUGGAACGGGGAAAGCUCUAGCGGAAGCUGAAAAGUGAGCUAGUGAAAUUUAUUCCAGCGGUUUGUUAUCCAUGUCAUGUGCAACAUCUACACUUCAUGUUACUGCAGUGCCAUACAACACACAUAAAUCUAGAAAUCAGGUGAACAUGAAAUACAUGACAAGCGUGAAAAUGUUAUUGCAUGAAGUGCAAGACCGAGCAAAAGUCCACAGCAGCUUUCCACACUGCUGUCAUCGCAAGAAGACAAGUGAUGCCCUUUAUUUUUAAAUGCGAAAUUGUUUCGAGACUGCCUGACUAUCGAAACACUCGCAUUUCUGUUUGUGUCUAAAGAAUCAGUCAGCGACUGUACAUUCAUCAAGGUAGCUGCUGGCCACAAGGGCUUCCAGGCCCACAAAUGCAGUUCAAAAAAGUGCGGUGCAAACUUCUAAGUGGCACCCAGGCAGUUGUUGCAGAAAUAUUAUUUCUCUCACAUUUAUUUACAUCAGCUGCUACCUCACGGGAGCAAAACGUAAUAAGAUUCAUUUCCCGUCUGAUGGAAAGGGCACAAUGAAUUGUGUUGAAAAUUGACUAUGUAAUGCUUUGUCCAUCGAUGCUUCAAUACCUUUUGCUACGUAAAUAAGGGCACCAGCUAUACAGGACUCGUAUGCGUCGACUGCAAUUCAUUCUGGACAAAACAGGCAAAGUGAUGCACCCAAAUGUGCUAGCUGCACGCACCACGAGAUGUCAGUUUUCUGAAAUUUGAGUGCAAAUGAGCCAGCUGUUUAACCAAAAGAGUCGUGUAGACGUGGUGCUCUUAUUUGAGUAAUAUUUAGCAAAAGUCAACUAGCCCAAUUGUCCAAACUAUUGCUAUUUGUGAUGUAGUACCAGUCAGCGCAAUGCCAUUCAAUUGCUAUAAGUGUGAGUGUGAUGGUUUAGUAAGUUGUACAGAGUUUGGGUGUCUGAGCCUCCUUCGUGUUGUCACAGCAACUGUGCCGCUCAUUGUGUCAGUGGCUGACGCCAGCAAUUAAGCAAUUUAUGAAGAAUAUAAUGUAAACAGUGUUUGCAGUCAAGUGAGGAAGUGUUACAGAGUAGGAGACCAAAGUCCCCAUUCUUGAACAAUCAUUUCUAGCAAUUCAUUUACUUUUGCAUGGCACAACAUCCAAUGUGGUGCCUUGCAUUUGCUGGCAUUUCAGCUGGCAUGUGCUGUCUGUUGGUGUGCUUGUGGUGUGCAUUUGAUUUACUGUGCCCAAUUUCACUGCAAGGAUUCACGUUUAAGUUGGAAAGCAAUGUUGUAAUGUUCUAGUGCGAUGUGGAAGAACAAAUAAGAUGGACAGCAUGGAGUACCAUUUCCAACUCUCGGUUGUAGUAAGCUUUUAUAGGCAGAUUUGUCAGGGAUUGAGAUUACUGUAUAAAAACGUGGGACACUCAAAAUAUUGCAUAUUGCACAUAUAGGAGAUGGAAGUUGUUAUUUGUGGUCCAGAAAGAUACGUUUCAUUUUUGGAAGCGUAACAGAUGCAACACUGAGGUACAUUUUUCCCUGUCCUGACCCUCUUUCAUAGUUCUCAGUCACAUCGUAUGAAAAUAAGUCACGGCAGCAUUUAGCAGUGCUAGUCUAAGGUAAAUUAUAUUGGGAGUAGCACUCCAUGUCAUCUGUCUUUAUGUGUAUGCUUGUGUCACACAGCACAUUGUUUAAACAUAGGAUUGAGCCUGUCCAAUAAUGUGUGCAGUGCAGUACACAUAUAAUGACGUUCGCAAAACCCAAAUAUCAUUGGCCUUACACUUUUUGAAUCACUUCCAGGAUUGUUAGUUUCAGUGAAUGGUGAUUGUUUCUGACAGGCAAUAAAAUCACUUUUACAAUAUUCUCAUGUAGAACUUGUACAAGUUAUGGUUUAUCAAUACACAAUCGGGCCUUCAACUGUUAUGCACUAUAUUCUUACUCCUUCAUUUUGCUUUAAAAUCCCUAGGGUCCCUGUAUGUUUGGAGGUUGUGCAAUUCCCUCUUUCUUGAUUGUUUUCUUCUGGAGCAUACUCACCACCUGCAAUCAUUGUCAUUGGUUAACACCUGGAAGAAGGUUGCAAAUUGUGCCAUUCCGCACUCUGAACUUAUUUAUCGCUCAUUUCAUUCAUGAAACAAAAAAGCAUUGAAAGGUGAAGGCGUGGAGGAGGACGGCAGCAGUAUGAAAGAAUGUCGCUGCUGUUACUAUAUACAGGGACCUUACACAUCCGUGCAGACACAUGCCCCUAUGCUGCACGUGACCAUGCACAUCUGCAUUCUCCUUACGAUAUCGGAGAGGCUGGUUUCAGUAUUCAACCCACUCUGUCGAGUGGGUGAACUUACCAUGUACUGAAGAGGGAAAGAUCUCGCAUUAUGUUCGCAGUGUGGUUUCAGAUACAACGUAAGGUGGUUUCCCGAGUUGGUAAUUUCACGCGUAAAAAAAAGCUUGUGUUGUAUUUGCGUCCAUAUUUAUUGUAAGGAUUGUAUUAGUCAAUGCGGUGGGUAUCACAGCAUUCGUAGUUUGCAAAAAAGGGCACCUGCUUGGCCUAUGUGAAAGAGAUCAGAAACAAAAUUAAGUUUCUAUGUCUACCAGGCAGCUGCAUAUUACCAACAGGUUAAGUGCCUGUUGCAAAAUGUCUUAAAUUGUGCCAAGUUCGGCCGCUCAGCGUGUCGCUGGAAGGAAAUUUGUUGAUUGUGAUCAUUAUAGGCUACAGUGCCAUGAUUGCACAGGUUGUGUAUUGAAGUAGUGUCAAAUGAUAUUAAUGCUGUGACUGUGUACUUGAGCACAUUGAUGUGAUCUUAUGCCUUAUAUGUACACAACAGUAACUAAUGCUGUGUGCAUGUAUUCGAUUGUUCAUGUCACUGGAAUCAAGUGUGCUGCAGAGAAGUGCAUGUGUGGCUCUGGGUUUCUGUUGCUGGGUGGUUAGGUAGGAAACUAAACGAAACCUUUUUGCCAAUACAGAUUAAUAAAAUUCCAGUUCACACUACAGGCUUGCACAUAAACCUGAAAAUACUAGAUUAUUAGUGCAUCAUGGCAUGUAAAUAUAGCUGCUUAGCAAAAUUUUCUAAGGUGCCUCUAUUGAUAUGUUUGUAAUAAAGUGUUUCAGAAUUAAUGCCAACAACAUGCUGGUAUGGAACACAUUCCUGUCACAAUAAAAAAUAAUUUCUUGAUAAGAAAAAACUGUAUUCUGUAUAAAUGGUAGCAGUUUUAAUCACAACCAAGUAUAAAACAAUGGCGUACUGAUCAGUUUGCUGGUGCUGGCUGGAAGCGAAUUCACAGCACAGGAACAAGACAAAAACGAUAAAGUAAAUGAAGGCAAGCACUGUCCUUGUCUUCAGAGAAGAGAAGCGCUGAAAGUAAAUCAAGACAAGCAUUUACAGAUAACUAAUGUGAGUGCCCACUUUUUUCUUCAAGCCACAUGCACAUGCAACAGAAAAGAAAAGUUAUCGAACAAAAAGAAAUUUGGUAGAACCCAUCUUGUGAUGAAUGUUGACGUUAAUGCGAUUGACAUUGAAGCAAUGUAAGGACACACCCUGUGGCUAAAGCCGAAAUGUGCAUGCAGCCGGGCUCCCCCUGCAGACGCUGCGGCACCUAGCGGUGCCAGCAUGAAGGCCGCACAUGGUGCAGGUUCUAUUCUACCUAGCACCGGAGAAAUCUUAAAGGACCUUUAUCUUCAAUGAAGAACAGCACAUGCCCAGUUACCCAAGUAGGCAUCAAAGAGGUUCUUUGAAGAGCGGUACAUAACUAGAGGCACCAGGUGACACAAUUAAGCUGACAUUGAAGAGCUUCAUUGAAAAGCAACACCUGACUAAGUGGCACCUACCGGGUGCCCCAAUUUGGCAUCAAGGAUUCAUUGAACGGCGGCACAUACCCAACACCUCAUUUCUAGCGACCACAACUGGUCCGAUGGUUGGUUUCAAACCUUAUUCUCUCAACACAGCAGUCGGUGUGCUACCCAUUAGAAUGUGGCUACCUUCCGAGGGACCUAAGUUGGUGGGUGAAUGGUGAGACAAAGAUCGAAUUGUGCAAGAACCUACCUACGAUUACUCUCGAUCGACAUUAUUGCGAUUAGCAUUGACACAAUGCAGCGAUACACUGUAUUCCGAUAGCUGAAACUUGUCGUGUGUGAGGCGUGUUGGCAGUGAGGCUCCCAUCUCGAGCUUCCGUUUGGGCAGGCUGCGCUCUCUGGCGGCGGUGCCGUGCAGUCCGCGUGUGUGCUGAGUCAGGCAGGAUUGUCUGAUAAUAUAUAUGACGUGUCUUUGAUACCGCCCUGCGGCAGAGAAAUUUUAACGAUUUGUUGUCAUUGAAGUACUGCACAUACAAAGUGGUGCAUACGCAGUGAACCAAAUUGUCAUCAAAGAGGUUCAUUGAAUGAUGGGGGCAAAAUGGGAAAAUACCUGUGUACUUAAAUUUAGCUACAUGUUAAGGAAACCCAGGGGGUCAAAAUUUCCACAAUCCCCCACUACGAUGUGCCUCAUAAUCAGGUCGUGGUUUUGGCACGUAAGACCCCACUUUUUUGGGGGGGUUCAUUGAACAGCGGUGCAUUGACCAGUGGGCGACGUAGCCAGGGAGGAGGGGUGCUUGGCAAUCCGGACUCGUAGAUAGAUAGGCAGACAUCCAGCCUCCAGGGAAAGGUUGUGAAGUACCCUAAGGCUGCUACAGGCAUUAAAAUCAGGUGCAUAUCGCCCUUUCCGUCAUUCCUACCCAGAUCCUCCCAGUAACGGUAGCAUUUCAAUGCGUAGUGCUAACGUACGACAGCAUGUCGGCACAUUUAUACUUUCAUCAUAUAUUAACGCAAUAUAUCAUUAAGGGUCCCGUAUCCGUGAGCGAAAAUUUCUGUAUAAGGCAUAUGCAUAUGCCAUGCCUUCAUAUAUGACAUGCGGUAUGUGCAGGUUAUAUUGCUACGCCAUUCUAUCGCUAAAGUUGCUCAUGCCUUGUCUUAAAUUCUUGACAAAGUUAUUCCUCAGAAUUUUGGAAAUGACAGCCCACAAACAACUGUCAUGAAACAAAAGACCGACAGUGCAUGUCUUUUAUGUUAAAUAAGACUUAAAUAUUAAAAGUAUGAUACAAUAAGGGAAAUCUGAAAUAGUGAAAUUUUUUGGCACGGCUGGGCUCACCUUUGGGAUCAGCCCAUGCAAGAUGCCGCAAUUCUGCCAGAACGCUCGCUUUCAUGCAUAGCGUUCGUCGCCAGCGAUUCCCGAUAAACAUUACGGUUAUAUAAGCUGCAAUUGCCAGGAAGAGUAGGAAGCAGUCAGCGAUCUUUGAAUGAUAUCAUCAAGUUCCACUUUUAAAAGCGAAGCUUAAGCAUCCUCCAAUUUUCUUUCUGCACUCGGUGCAUCGUAAGAGGCAGAUGUGGUGUCUGGGUAGCCAGCUUCCCAUACUUGAAAAUGACUUAUCUGCAAUGAAAUGACAAAUUUUGUUGGACAAGGUUCAUACCAGUGGUAGACAUACGAUAACUGCGUGUAAGGCUAAGUUUUUGCUAAUGAAAUAUUUAAAGGGAUACUAAGUGAAAAUAUUAAAGCUAGUUUGAUAUAUUAUUCGUAUAGAAGUCUACUAUCGUUUUCUGUGUGCCAAUAUACGACUUCGUUGCUUAAUUAGAAAAUUGUCACCGAAGGUCCCGUCGCGGCUCUUCAAUUUGAAUCGCCCGCAGCCCCGCACCGACACGGACAGGUUGAUGCGAUCUAGAUGUGACCUCCACCUUUGCUGCUCUUAGUGAAUAUGCGUGCAUCGGAGAGGGAGUGCUACAGUAAGUAAAUUUCACCGGCUUGUUUCGAAAGGUGCAACACAUCGGCGAAUCACAUCGAUGAGGCAUUUUGCUGCUGCCAACUGGCAACAAGCUUUUGUGACACAGCAACAACACACCGCGAAAUUUGAACUUCACCGUUCCCCAAGUUAAAGUCCAGGCUUGGCCAACCUAAACCAGAACUUGAUAUUGUGGAAUGAGGAAUGGCCGGUAAUAUGGAGCGAUAAGUGUACCUAUGAAAUUUGUGCAACUUACUUUACACCUUUAAUAUGUAGCUAUAGCUGAGUAAAUAAAUAGCCUGUACCGACGUCACAUGAGGUAUCAUAGUAAAGAAAAAAAGAAAUCAACCGACGAUUAUGAUACUCCUUUGUGCAAAAUUUGAGCACAGCUUUAUGCAUGUUUUCAUUUCGCUAUAUAUUGGCCGGCGGAGACAAUCUGUCUCGUGCGGCACGUUGCAAACGGAGCAAAGUGUGGCACGACUGCCUCGCUAAUCGGGAGAUCGUGAGAAGCAGCGCAUGGGUGACGCGUAGGAGUGAUUCACAGCAGCUGUCGCAGAUAGACUUCCGCUCAUGCAGCACUUUGUUUCCAUGUAUGGAAUCGAUGGUGUCAUUAGUGAACAGAUGACGCAGGCUACUCCGGCGCCAUCUUGUAGCGAUCGUUGCCGCAGAACAUGUCUUGCGCCACACUACGCUUUUCUCACGUUUUCGCCAUAGCCUCCUUCUCCGCCUUCCACCUUAUUGUUCCGCUGCACCCUCCUCUUUUGCUUUCCUCCUCGCGCACUCCUCGCCAUCGUCGUUUUUCGUCAUCCACUGCGAUCCGCGUUCGCUCUUUCAUCCUUCGACCCGCGUCGGUUGCUUAGUGGCUAUGGUGUUGGGCUGCUAAGCACGAGGUAUCCUGGCCAUGGCGGCCACAAAGAACCGCAGGUGGUUGAAAUUUCCCGAGUCCCCCAGUACGCCAUGACUCAUAAUCAGAAAGUAGUUUUGACACAUAAAACCCCAUUUUUUUUGUCUUUCAUCCUUCGCUGUGCUCGUUCCCUCAGUUGCGAGGGAUGCCGAGCCACGCGACGCUCAAUUCAGGAACGGGCGCCUAAGGACUGCGCUCUAAAAAGGGCGACGUCACUCCGAUGUGUCGCAGGCGGGAGUAGGACCCAAAACCUCCGCAUUACGCGUGCAUUGCGCUACCAAUUGUGCUAUGGCGACGGCUAUCAAACCGUCCACUAACUUGUGUAUUUACAUUUGUUAGAUCUAGCCCUUGGAGUGUUAGCCAGCGCCACUCAGAGCCAACGUUGUGUUUUUCUUUCCAUGCAUAUUGCUUCCGCCUGGUGUUCCACACCGCUCUUAUGGAAAUAAAGCUAUUGGCUGCGAUUCA